CAGGUAAACAUCAGCUACCAGGAAAUACAAAACUGAAAGUGAUGAGACACUACUAGACUACUUUAACCCAAGGAACUUUUUAAAAUAUGUAUUCAAUUAGUUUAAAUGUUGUAGUGGUAUUUUUAACAAUGGGUGGAGCGGCAGCUGUUCUCAAUGAACCCAGAAAUGUCCGUCUAUAUUCCACAAACAUGAAUUUGGUGCUGCGGUGGGAUUCACCUGAGGGGGAAACCAAUGACCUUCUCUACACCGCAGAAUGCAUUACCUCUGUCCCACUGUGCCAAAUGGGUUGUGUCAACAUUUCAACCUUUGAAUGUGACUUCACCAGCCUCAACAUCUACCUCAGUGUGUAUGGAAGCUAUAAAGCCAGAGUGCGGGCACUGCGAGGUUCAGAGAGCUCUUCUUGGGUGGAAAGCAAACAGAUAACCUUGAGCAAGUAUACCUUAAUAGGUUCACCUAAUGUGCUGCUCUUUUCCAAUGGUGCCACAAUUGAAAUUCAAAUUGAAGAGCCAGAAUUUGCAACCUCAAACUUUAAUAAUGUGUUUGGCCCUUCCACUUACAACAUAACUUACUGGAAAGAUGACCAGAGUGAAAAGGGAAAACACAUCACCUCACUGAGUAACCGACCGGUUCUAAAUGACCUGGACCCAUGGACCAAGUAUUGUGUCCAGGUCCAAAUCAUGGCAGAAGGGAGCAGGCGUAGUAUGCCAAGCCGUAAAGUUUGUGCGAGCACCACCGGUGCGGAUGCUGCGUAUGUGCCUGCAUUGGUCACAUUUCUCAUCCUGGCAAUGGCAGUCACGCUUUUGGUGAUUGCAGUGGUUUAUCGAAGAAGGAUUUCUGACUUUCUUUGUCCAGAAGACAAACUGUCUCAGUACCUAUUGGCAACCCCCAGCUCAUCUCUUUACUGGGCCAUGCACAACUGUGACAGACCUGAAGAGAUCUACAAUUCAGUCAACGUCAUUAGAGAAGAAAAGCCUGUGGAGUAAAGAAAGUCCUAGGAGGAAUUGCGGACUGUUUUCUGUAGGAAGUUUUUCACUGAGACAAGAUACAUUCACAUAUCACUUUAAUAUAUUUAUGGUGUGCCUCCUCCGUCUGGAUAGAAAAAAAUCAGUUUUAUUUUUAAAAAUUAUAGCCAUAUACUGAAGCAUAUAACCAAUGACACAAAUUCAAACUCUCAGAAGUUACUCAACAGGCUUUAUUAUUCCUACAAAAAAAAAAAUCAAACAAUAAAAACGCAAAAAACAAAAACAAAACUGGACUUAAAUCAUGAUAAAGAAUAAUGUAAUUGAAACGUAGUUCAGUCAAUACACACACACAGUAAGCUAUCUGCCAGCUAAACAUUUUUAUUAAAUUACUAUGACGGCAAUUGUAGUUGACAAACUAUUAUUCCCACUCAAUUGUUAUUCUCAAUGUUCUAGAUUGCACGCAAACAAUAACCGAAAUAAACUGACAAACGAUUAAACCAGCAUGUUUCUAAACGCAGCAGUUAAAAACUACAUUUUCCAUAAUGCCUGGCGCGGCUCAGCUCACUGACAGCUACCCUAAUAGCAUGCACCAGUAUCCGAGGUAAGAUCAAACGUUGCUAUAAAAGUUUACAAUCAUCGUCUGUGCAACGAUGUGACACCAAACGGGAUUUUACAGAUCACACCAGUACAAAGCUCCGACAGAAAACAAGCCAAAAAGUAAAAUUUAGCAAGUGUAGAUAUCGAUCGCAUGUGCGCUCCUGUCGUGACGAAGGGUUGUUUGUGAAUAACAAUUUACAGUUGAAGCCAUGAUAAAGCCAGUUUGUGACUGCGGACACAUGUCAAUUUGUAUCCAUAGUAGAAUAAAGGUAUUUUCGUCUGAAUUACUCUUUUGGGUCCAUGAGCAUUUGAUUAUAUACCUAUUGAUUGUAAUAAAAGUCUGUCAACUGGGCAGGCUCUCUGGGAACACGUCACAGGAAGCACAGUUCUGUAGUAUUCUGUGCAAAGCGUCAAUUUCAACACAUGCUAAUUGGUCCCGUGAAAAAUAAUUGCAACAGGACAUCUUCAUGAAUUUAUAUAACCCGGGCGGACGCCCCGGACAGGAUGUGAAAAGUGGACAUGUCCGGGCAAAGGAGGACGUUUGAUCACCCUACUGUUAGUGGGAGCCAAUGAGCUAAAGCAGGGGUGUCAAACUCAAGUUUCAUUCGUGGGUUAGAUUCAUGGCAGUUAGAUCUCAUAUGGGCCUUAGAAGUUUAUUUUCUGCCAAAUAAGUUGACUCGCUGCGUGCCAUUGACAGCGCUGGACGUCCAGUCCAUUUUGACUCUCAGUCAAAUACAUUGGACACCUUGCACCGUCAGUGUCACUGAAAAAUGAGCAUCUGCAGCAAUCUAUUAUUGUCAAUGGCAGGCAAUGAGUUCAUUUCGCAUCGCUUCCUUUUAAUUUAAGGUAGGCCUACUUAUCGUUCACUUCCUGCAAAUUUUGGAUCAUUUCAUAUUGAUUUUUGGGGCAUUUCCAGGUCAUCACAAAUUUCUGGUUUUACGGCGCCAAUGUCAAAAUAAAAGCAUGUGAUUCUAUAUGUAUAGUAUGAAGGAGCUAUAAGGUGCCUGUCGGGCAGAACAACACCACAUACCGGAUUGGACCUUCUGGCGAGCUGUAUCUUUGACACCCCUGAGCUAAAGGAACAGACAACACCUAGUUUAAAAAAAACAUUGUGAAAGACUGUUGUACUACUGUAUGUGAUUUUGUUAAUUAACUGUCUCGGUCGGGCUGGACCUGGAAUCAAAUUUCAUUGCACUUGUUGACAUGACAGUAAAGCAAAGUGGAAUCUAAAGU